GGAAGCCAGAGGAACAUGGAAGCAGGAUGCUGGGCUUGCAGGAACCCCCUGGAAGCUCGGGUUCUCUGGAAGAGAGAGUUGCAACUGUUGGACUCAGAAGUGUUGCUUUGUUUCAGGGUCAAUGUCUGUGGAGGGCAGUGCUGCCACGGCUGGAGUAAGGCCCCUGGGUCCCAGAGGUGCACCAAACCAAGCUGCGUCCCUCCAUGCCAGAAUGGGGGGAUGUGCCUCCGGCCUCAACUCUGCGUGUGCAAACCAGGGACCAAGGGCAAAGCCUGUGAGACCAUAGCUGCCCAGGACACCGCGUCCCCAGCCUUUGGAGGACAGAGUCCCGGGGCUGCACCCUCCUGGGUCCCUCCGGAGCAGGCAGCGAAACACGCGUCCUCUAAGAAGGCAGACACUCUACCCAGAGUCAGUCCCGUGGCCCAGAUGACCUUGACCCUCAAGCCGAAGCCUUCAGUGGGACUCUCCCAGCAGAUCCAUUCUCAAGUGACACCCCUCUCCUCGCAGAAUGUGGUGAUUCAUCACGGCCAGACCCAGGAAUAUGUGUUCAAGCCCAAGCACUUCGCGGCCCAGAAGGUGAUGUCGGGAGAGCAGUCCACCGAGGGCUCGUUCCCCUUCAGAUACGGCCAGGACCAAGGCGCUGCACCUUUUCAGUUGAGUAACCACACUGGCCGCAUCAAGGUGGUCUUUACUCCGAGCAUCUGUAGAGUGACCUGCACCAAGGGCAGCUGUCAGAACAGCUGUGAGAAGGGGAACACCACCACUCUCAUUAGUGAGAAUGGCCAUGCUGCCGACACCCUGACGGCCACGAACUUCCGAGUGGUGAUUUGCCAUCUUCCGUGUAUGAACGGUGGCCAGUGCAGCUCCAGGGACAAAUGCCAGUGCCCUCCAAACUUCACAGGGAAGCUCUGCCAGAUUCCAGUCCACGGUGCCAGCGUGCCCAAACUUUAUCAGCAUUCCCAGCAGUCAGGCAAGGCGUUGGGAACGCAUGUCGUCCACUCCACCCAUACCUUGCCUCUGACCAUGACCAGUCAGCAAGGGGUCAAAGUGAAAUUUCCUCCCAACAUAGUCAAUAUCCAUGUGAAGCACCCCCCUGAGGCUUCCGUCCAGAUCCAUCAGGUUUCGAGAAUCGAUGGCCCAACAGGCCAGAAGGUGAAAGAAGCCCAACCAGGCCAAUCCCAGAUCUCAUACCAAGGGCAUCCUGUCCAGAAGACCCAGACGGUCCACUCCACAUACUCCCACCAGCAAGUCAUUCCCCACGUCUAUCCCGUGGCUGCGAAAACCCAGCUUGGCCGGUGCUUCCAGGAAACCAUUGGGUCCCAGUGUGGCAAAGCGCUGCCAGGCCUUUCCAAGCGGGAGGACUGCUGCGGCACCGUGGGCACCUCCUGGGGCUUCCACAAAUGCCAGAAAUGCCCCAAGAAGCCGGCUUAUCAUGGAUAUAACCAAAUGAUGGAGUGUUUACAAGGUUAUAAGAGGGUUAACAACACCUUUUGUCAAGACAUUAAUGAAUGCCAGCUACAGGGUGUGUGCCCUAACGGUGAGUGUUUGAAUACCAUGGGCAGCUAUCGAUGUAUCUGCAAAAUGGGAUUUGGGCCGGAUCCUACUUUUACAAGUUGUGUUCCGGAUACCCCUGUGAUCUCUGAAGAGAAGGGGCCCUGUUACCGGCUUGUCAGUUCCGGAAGGCAGUGCAUGCACCCUCUGUCUGUCCACCUCACCAAGCAGCUCUGCUGUUGUAGCGUGGGCAAGGCCUGGGGCCCCCACUGUGAGAAAUGUCCCCUCCCAGGCACAGCUGCUUUUAAGGAAAUCUGUCCUGGUGGAAUGGGUUAUACGGUUUCUGGCGUUCAUAGACGCAGGCCAAUCCAUCACCAUGUAGGUAAAGGACCUGUAUUUGUCAAGCCAAAGAACACUCAACCUGUUGCUAAAAGUACUCAUCCUCCACCUCUCCCAGCCAAGGAAGAGCCAGUGGAGGCCCUGACCUUCUCCCGGGAACACGGGCCAGGAGUGGCGGAGCCAGAAGUGGCAACUGCACCCCCUGAGAAGGAAAUACCUUCAUUGGAUCAAGAGAAAACCAAACUUGAGCCUGGUCAACCCCAGCUCUCUCCAGGCGUUUCAACUAUUCAUCUGCACCCUCAGUUCCCAGUAGUAAUUGAAAAAACAUCGCCUCCUGUGCCUGUGGAACUAGCUCCUGAAGCUUCUACGUCCAGUUCCAGCCAAGUGAUCGCACCUACUCAAGUAACAGAAAUCAAUGAAUGUUCUGUGAACCCUGACAUCUGUGGAGCAGGACACUGCAUUAACCUGCCUGUGAGGUACACCUGUAUCUGCUACGAGGGCUACAAGUUCAGUGAGCAGCAGAGGAAAUGUAUUGAUAUUGACGAAUGCAGCCAGGCCCAACACCUCUGCUCGCAGGGACGCUGUGAGAACACGGAGGGAAGUUUCUUGUGUAUUUGCCCAGCAGGAUUUAUGGCCAGUGAGGAGGGGACUAGCUGCAUAGAUGUUGAUGAGUGCCUGAGGCCGGACGUGUGCGGGGAGGGCCACUGCAUCAACACCGUGGGAGCCUUCCGGUGCAAGUACUGCGACAGCGGCCACCGCAUGUCCCCGGGAGGACACUGCCAGGAUAUUGAUGAGUGUUUGAGUCCAAGUACUUGUCCGGAUGAGCAGUGCGUGAAUUCUCCUGGAUCUUACCAGUGUGUUCCCUGCACAGAAGGGUUCCGAGGAUGGAAUGGGCAGUGUCUGGAUGUGGAUGAGUGCCAGGAUCCAAAGGUCUGCGCCAACGGCACUUGCUCCAACCUUGAAGGCUCCUACAUGUGCUCAUGUCACAAGGGCUACACCCCGACCCCAGACCACAAACACUGUAAAGAUGUUGAUGAGUGUCAGCAAGGGAAUCUGUGCAUCAACGGGCAGUGCAGAAACACCGAGGGCUCCUUCAGGUGUACCUGUGGGCAGGGCUACCAGCUGUCUGCAGCCAAAGACCAGUGUGAAGAUGUCGAUGAGUGCCAGCACCAGCACCUCUGCGCCCACGGGCAGUGCAGGAACACGGAGGGCUCCUUCCGCUGCGUGUGUGACCAGGGCUACCGUGCGUCCGCCCUCGGGGACCACUGUGAAGAUAUCAACGAAUGCUUGGAAGACAAUAGCGUUUGCCAGGGAGGAGACUGCAUUAACACCAAAGGGUCCUACGAUUGUACUUGUCCAGGUGGAUUCCAGCUAAAUGACAAUAAAGGGUGCCAAGAUAUUAAUGAAUGUGAGCAGCCGGGACUCUGUGGUCCUCACGGAGAGUGCCUAAACACAGCCGGUUCUUUUCACUGUGUCUGCGAACAGGGCUUCACCAUCUCUGGAGAUGGCCGUACGUGCGAAGAUGUUGACGAGUGUGUGAACAACACUGUCUGUGACAGUCACGGGUUCUGUGACAACACGGCCGGCUCCUUUCGCUGCCUCUGUUAUCAGGGCUUUCAGGCCCCGCAGGAUGGGCAAGGGUGUGUGGAUGUGAACGAAUGUGAGCUGCUCAGUGGCGUGUGUGGCGAAGCCUUUUGUGAGAACGUGGAAGGCUCCUUCCUGUGCGUGUGCGCGGACGAAAACCAGGAGUACAGCCCCAUGACCGGGCAGUGCCGCUCGCGGGCCUCCGGAGACGUGGAGGUAGAGCAGCCCGGAGAAGAGAAGAAGGAGUGCUACUACAACCUCAACGACGCCAGCCUCUGCGACAACGUGCUGGCCCCCAACGUCACCAAACGGGAGUGCUGCUGCACCUCCGGGGCCGGGUGGGGCGACAACUGCGAGAUCUUCCCCUGCCCGGUGCUGGGCACCGCUGAAUUCACUGAAAUGUGUCCUAGAGGGAAAGGCUUUGUCCCCACUGGAGAAUCCUCUUACGAAGAUGGUGGCAGGGACUAUAAAGAUGCGGAUGAAUGCCUGCUUUUUGGACAAGAAAUCUGCAAGAAUGGCUUCUGUUUGAACACUCAGCCCGGUUACGAAUGCUACUGUAAGCAAGGGACCUACUACGAUCCCGUCAAAUUGCAGUGCUUUGAUAUGGAUGAGUGCCAGGACCCCAGCAGCUGCAUCGAUGGCCAGUGCAUUAACACAGAAGGCUCUUACAACUGCUUCUGCACCCAUCCGAUGGUCCUGGAUGCUUCGGAGAAGAGAUGCGUACGGCCAACUGAAUCACACGAGCAAAUCGAAGAAACGGACGUGUACCAGGACCUGUGCUGGGAGCACCUGAGCGACGACUACGUGUGCAGCCGGCCCCUCGUCGGCAAGCAGACGACCUACACGGAGUGCUGCUGUCUGUAUGGCGAGGCCUGGGGCAUGCAGUGCGCCCUCUGCCCCAUGAAGGACUCAGAUGACUAUGCCCAGCUGUGCAACAUCCCUGUCACAGGACGCCGGCGGCCGUAUGGACGGGAUGCCUUGGUCGACUUCAGCGAACAGUAUGCUCCGGAAGCCAACCCCUACUUCAUUCAGGACCGUUUUUUGAAUAGCUUUGAGGAGCUCCAGGCUGAGGAGUGUGGCAUCCUCAACGGGUGUGAAAACGGCCGCUGUGUGAGGGUGCAGGAGGGUUAUACCUGCGACUGCUUUGAUGGGUAUCACUUGGACAUGGCCAAGAUGACCUGUGUCGAUGUGAACGAAUGCGACGAGCUGAACAACCGGAUGUCCCUCUGCAAGAACGCCAAGUGCAUCAACACCGAGGGCUCCUACAAGUGCCUGUGUCUGCCCGGCUACGUUCCCUCCGACAAGCCAAACUACUGCACCCCCUUGAACAGCGCCUUGAAUUUAGACAAGGACAGCGACCUGGAGUAGGAGGACAUCGCCCCAGCCUAAGCCCAUAUACUCUGCACUGUGUAAAGGAAAAGAGAAAUGUAUUAUACUUGAGACAUUGCACCUGACCCGGCCUGUGGGAGGCACGGGCACGUCCUGGUCCCGCACGUCCUCGGACGGCAGUGAGGACUCGGCGUGGGCCUGACGGGUGCGGCAGACCAAAUGGACAUUUCUCGGGAAAACCAGUAUAUAUAGUCUGUUCAUAUGUAAAAUUCAGUGGAAAAGGGGAGGAGCAGUGCUGUUAUUUUAAACAGAAGGUUGUAUUAUUAUAUUGUUUGUUUAUUUUUUACUCUUGCUCGAUUAAAUUUGGCAUUUAAAUAGUGGUGGAAAUAUUUUAUAUAAUUUUCAUUUUUUCGGUUGUGCAGUUCCUUGGCUACUGUUUCUCUUUUCAUUCAGAUUUUUUUUUCCUCCUAAAUCUCAAGUGCACACGUCGUUGAUGAAAUGAUUGUGAGACUGUAUUGUAAGUAUUGUGACACAGGGUUAUGCUAUGCCUAAUUCAGCGUGUCUGUCCUGUGGAGCAGGCAGUGGUGUUGUUUCAAAACUUUUAUACACAUUUGGAGAAAAGUACUUUCUAUUUACGGUGUAUUGUCUGAUUUUAAUGUCCAUUCUUAGCCAAGCUGCUAGUAGGUGUCAGUUGGAUCCCUUUCCUGCAUUGAAAUAGAAGAAACAAUGAGCUCACAUGAGUAUUGUAAUGUGUGAAGUAUGCCCAGCGAAAUUUUUGGAAAACUUGAUGAUCUCAGCAUAUUUACCAUUGUAUGUUAAAACAAAAUAAAUCACCGUUUUUUUAGAAAAAAAAAUUCUACCGGAGA